AUGAAGAAAUAUCAUUUUCUUUUCCAAUUAUAUAUAAAUCUUCUUUUUAUUUAUUUCUUCCUUUCCUUCGUUUGUUUAUUCCUUUCUAUUUCCUUUCUCCUUCAUUCCGUUUUCUUUCUUUGUUUUUUUUCUUUCAUUUUUCCUAAAUUUUUAUUUCCUGAUACUUUCGUUAUUUUUCUUCUUGCAUUCAAUUUCUUUCUCGUCUCAGUUUUCUUUUUCUUUUUUUUUUUUUUUUGGUUUGUUUCAUCUUUUUUUUAUUUAAUUUUCUUUCUUUUUCUUUCAUUUUCUUUAGAUUUUUCUUUUUCCUUUAGUUUUUCUUUCUUUUUUUCUUUAGUUUUUCUUUCUUUUUCAUUAAAUUUUCUUUCUUUUUCUCUAUUUCUUUCUUUUUCUUUACUUUUUUCUUUAGAUUUUCAUUCUUUUUUCUUGUGUUUUUCUUUCUUUUUCAUUAGUUUUCGUUUCUUUUUUUCUUUACAUUUUCAUUUUUUCUUUAGUUUUUCUUUCAUUUUCUUUAGUUUUUCUUUUUCAUUACCUUUCUUGGCUUUUGCUUUCAUUUUUCCUAUUUUUCUCUUUGUUUGGUAUUUUUCUUUCUUUCUUCUUUCAUUCUUUCUUUAUUACAUUUUUUUUUUCGUAAUUUUCUUUGCUUCAUUUCUCUUUCUUUAUUAUGUUUUUGUUUCGUAUUUUUCUGUUUUUCUUGAGCCACCAGUCGUCUCUCGGACCAAGCUUUCUUUCUUACUUUCUUCUUUUUCUUUACUUUUUCUUCUUUCUUUUUCCUUUUUUUUCUCUUUAUUUUCUUUUUCUUUCGUUCAUGCUUCCUUUACUUUUUGGUUUCCUCAGUCUGUAUCUUUCUUUUUUAUCUAUCUAUCUAUCUAUCUAUCUAUCUUAUCUAUUCCUAUCUAUCUAUCUAUCUAUCUAUCUAUCUAUCUAUCUAUCUAUCUAUCUAUCUUAGUCUAUUCCUAUCUAUCUAUCUAUCUUAGUCUAUUCCUAUCUAUCUAUCUAUCUAUCUUAGUCUAUUCCUAUCUAUCUAUCAAUCUAUCUAUCUAUCUAUCUAUCUAUCUAUCUAUCUAUCUUAGUCUAUUCCUAUCUAUCUAUCUAUCUAUCUAUCUAUCUAAUAUUUAUUUUAUUCCUUUCAUAUGA